AUGUCCACGAUGACGGUAACAACGGAAUCCACCCUCGAACCCAGCAGAGUGGUUCUCGCAUUUAACGGCGCGGUGGCUACAAGGGUGAUCCCGCAUGCCCAUAGAGCUUUCGCAUUCGAAGUUACGUUUAAUCCAGCAUUAUGGCCAGAGUCUUUGAAGGGCCAGAAACCGCCCAAGCAUUUUCAUCCCCACCAAGAAGAGUACAUUGAGGUCUUGGAGGGUCAGCUCUACGUGGAGGAUGAUAAACAGGAAUAUGGGUUGACUCCUAGCGACGGCGAGAUUUGUAUCCAACCUUGGGUGAACCACCGAUUAUACCCUUCUGCGUCGUACAAUGGAACAAUCAAGUUUUUGCUAUCCGGCGAGGAUACACCAGAACUGUUCCGGCUCGACACAAUAUUCUUCGAGAAUUGGUAUGGAUAUCAGGAUGAGACGGUAGUGCUAGGGAAAGGCGUAGAUUUGAUCCAGGUGAUGUCGAUGUUUGAUGCAGGUGGCUCCUAUUUGUCCUUCCCUGAAUGGGUGCCGUUUGGACGCACCUUGGCGAUGACACUGGGCAUUGUGGUUGGGAGAUGGAUCGGUGGACUAUUGGGGUAUCAACCGUAUCAUCGGAAAUGGACAUUCGAUUGGGAUCUAGCCUGCGAGAAAAUGGGCAGAUCGUGUUUCCAACGACGGUUUGUGGACAGGGGGAAGAUGGACUAG